CUGGCUGCCGGGCCCGACCGCGGCGGCGUGUCCGACGCCCGGCGGCUCUUGGCCCUGGCUUAUCCUGAGCGCGGGAGAUUGGCAGCUGCAGUUGGUUUUCUGACUGUUUCCAGUGUCAUCACUAUGUCUGCCCCCUUUUUCUUGGGGAAAGUUAUUGACGUCAUUUACACAAACCCCACUGGUGACCUCACAGAUAACUUAUCCAACCUCUGUGCCUUGCUAAGUGGAAUAUUUUUCUGUGGUGCUGCCGCCAAUGCAACCCGUGUCUACCUCAUGCAGACUGCAGGACAAAGAAUUGUGAAACGUCUGAGAACAACGAUAUUCUCCUCCCUCUUGAAACAAGAAACAGCUUUUUUUGAUAAAACCAGCACUGGAGAGCUGAUUAAUCGCUUAUCUUCAGAUACAGCACUCUUGGGCCGUUCAGUCACUGAAAACCUCUCUGAUGGGCUAAGAGCUGGUGCCCAAGCCUCUGUUGCAGUUGGGAUGAUGUUCUUUGUAUCCCCCAAACUUGCAACAUUCGUUCUGAGUGUGGUGCCACCUCUGGCUUUCAUAGCUGUGAUAUAUGGAAGAUACUUACGAAAACUGACUAGAAUGACCCAGGAUUCCCUUGCAGAUGCAACACAGAAGAUGUUGCUUAAAAGAUUGUUGUGGAACACAUGCUAUUCUUUCAGCAAUUUUUCCUCUCCCCCCCCCUUUCUUUCUCAGACUGGAUUAUCUGGGAAUUUGAUUGUGCUCUCUGUCCUGUACAAAGGAGGAUUAUUGAUGGGCAGUGCUCACAUGACUGUUGGUGAACUGUCUUCUUUCUUAAUGUAUGCCUUCUGGGUUGGCAUAAGCAUUGGAGGCUUAAGCUCGUUCUAUUCUGAGCUGAUGAAAGGAUUAGGUGCAGGAGGGCGUCUGUGGGAGCUUAUUGAUCGAAAGCCAGAACUUCCUUUUAAUGAGGGACGAGUAUUAAACCAGGAUGAUUUCAGAGGUGCUCUGGAGUUCAAAAGUAUCCAGUUUGCAUAUCCAGCUCGUCCAGAAGCUUUAGUUUUUCAAGACUUUACCCUUUCCAUCCCAGCGGGCUCUGUCAUGGCACUGGUUGGCCCAAGUGGCUCUGGCAAAUCAACUGUAGUGUCUCUCCUGCUUAGGCUCUAUGACCCAGUCUCAGGAAGCAUCACUGUUGAUGGUGUCGAUAUUCGUCAGCUAAACCCUCUCUGGUUUAGGACUAAAAUUGGAACAGUAAGUCAGGAGCCCAUUCUCUUCUCAUGCUCCAUUGCUGAAAAUAUUGCCUAUGGUUCUGAGAACCCUUCUGCAGUAACUAUUGAAGAAAUUGAGAAAGUUGCUGAGAUUGCAAAUGCUUCUGGUUUUAUUCGAGAUUUUCCAAAAGGAUUUGAUACAUUAGUUGGGGAAAAAGGUGUUCUUCUUUCAGGUGGGCAAAAACAACGAAUUGCAAUUGCCCGAGCUCUUCUCAAGAAUCCAAAAAUUCUUCUUCUUGAUGAAGCAACAAGUGCUUUGGAUGCUGAAAAUGAAUUCCAAGUCCAAGAAGCAUUAGAUCGGCUCAUGGAAGGGAGAACUGUACUGAUUAUUGCUCACCGUCUCUCCACUAUUCAGAAUGCUAACUCUGUUGCAGUUCUUGAUCAAGGCAGAAUUAUUGAGUGUGGAAAACAUGGGACAUUGCUUGCAAACCCAAAUGGACUUUUCAGCAGACUAAUGAAGAAACAAUCUUUUAUCCAGAAUAGUGAUAGUUUUGUGUUAAAUAUUAAAUCCUGAUGGACAAAUAUUUUUAAAGAAUAAAAUAUGGAAAAACUAUGUAUGUAAUACAUUUCCAAGAGUUUUAAAUUAUGAUUCCAUUUAUGUACAGUAAAUGUAUUUAUAUAUUUUUCCACUGUGUUUCAAGUAUUUGAAAACUUGCUUGUACUUUUUAUUCACAGCAUCUAAAUAUAUUGUGAAGUUAUCAAGCAAAUUUUUCAUAUUGUAAUUCUUUGAUUAUUUUAUUAUGGGUAUGGUUGCCAUGAUAGGGAUCUUUACUGAUUUUUCGUCUUAAGGCUUUGCAACUUCCUUUUGGUUUUUCAGCCUGGUCUGAGAUUGCAGAAAAUCAAAGCCACAAUAAAUUCUAUAAUCCUUUUUAAGUUACUAGAUUGAAGUAAGAGAUGUUCAUAGUACUUUUCAUUCACAGUUGGAGAAGGAGGUGAUUUAUACCGUUUUCUCCUACAUAUUUAGUAAAUCUCCUUCAGAGUAUUAGAGGACCCUCCAGAACAUUGUUACUGGAUGGUAGGAACUGACAGACAAAGUUAAAGAGAACUUGCUAACUAUGGAGAAAGAGAGACAGAACUGUAUAGAGUUAAAUGUGUGUGUAUGUAUUUUAAAAUAUGUAUAUAUACAAUCCUGUGUCAGCCCCAGUCCAUUAGACAGAAAGCACUUCCACAGAAGAAUCCAAGCUGUUGGAAUUAAAUCAGAAGUUUUGACAUGUCUCCUCAGUCUGCAUGCCAUUUGGACUACCUCUUGUGGUGUUUAAGGAAGGAGCAGAAGACAGGUGUUGAAGCAACUACUUUGUAUGAAGGAGGCUUAAGGUUCCACCACUGGUACCUUGCUGGACUCACUCCCAUAUAACUGCAUUGAAUUGCCAGCAUACCAUUUUUUUUGUUCUUGGGUCAUAAGUUACAGGAUGGUAGAAAUAAAAAUCCAACAUUUGCUACAAAAUAGGAAGCAUAUUUAUUUAGAUGUAUAUUAGAUAUUGCUAAUUUUAAAGAAUACUUUAUUUCAUGUAGAAGGAGAACAAAACUAUUUGAAUAUUUCAUUCUGCUAUUAAGUAUCUUUUCCUCAGCAAAAGAACAGGAGUCUUUUUAAUAUAAAAUAUUUAAAAAGUAGUAUCCUUGCUGCUUUUAAAACUGAGUGUCCUUCUCCAGCUUUGUUAAUUUUAUUAGAGAUUUCAUGUGAUUAGAUUACAUGGAAACAAGUAACAACUGAAAAGGAAAUAAAUAUGUCUCACUUUCAAAGUAGAUAUGUCAUGGUCAAUGUACCCUCUAAUUUUCAGCCCUGCUGGGCGGGUCUCCGCCUCUCUCACACAUGACUACACCUCUGUGUGAUUCUUUUGAAGUUGCCACCUUACUGAACUUUUAUACACUUGAAUAUAGUUUCUUCUCAAGUUGAGAUCAGAUUUUCAUAUUUUGUUGUAAGAGCAUUUCAAAACAUAUUUAAUAAAAUAUGAGCACAUAGAGGCUGGUGAAACAGUGGACCUCCAGAUAUUGAAUGGUAAUUUCCGUUGUGGUUGGACCUGAUCAGAAUUGGCAUUCAGGUUUUCAAGUUUUUUGACAGAAC